AUAAAAAUGGAACAUGUUUGUCACAUUUGAAGCGUAGCAUUCAAAUAUUAGCGCACAUUUGGGAUAUUCAAUUUGAGGAUUUCCAAAGAAGAAACAAAAAUGCCGCCAAUAUUUGUAUUCGACAUUGAAGAGUUGCAUUCGCCGCAGUUUCCUGUUAAUAUAAAUACUGAAACCGAGCACAUCAACUUGAAGGUGCUGGGCCAGGAUAAUGCGGUCGUUCAAUUCAAGAUCAAGAAACACACGCCUCUACGUAAGCUAAUGAACGCCUAUUGUGACCGAGCUGGCCUUUCAAUGCAAGUGGUACGAUUUCGCUUCGAUGGACAACCGAUCAAUGAGAACGACACACCUACCUCACUAGAAAUGGAAGAGGGCGACACAAUUGAAGUUUAUCAACAACAAACUGGCGGCCAAUUUGAUAAAACAUUGUCAACGGGCUUAUGUUCGCGUCAUUGAAACGUAUCUUGUUCAAUUGGUUUUCAUUUCUGCCCCAUAUCUAUAUAUAUCUAUAUCUAUAUAUAGGAGACAACGCCGCCGAAUCAUAUUUUGAUAUUGUACAGUUACACUGCUUCGAUUGUAUUUGCAGAAACAAUAAAAAGUA